UUUUGGCGGACAACACAUGCGAUGGACAUGGAAGUGGAUGAAAAUGCGCCGCAGCACUAUGUGCGAACAGCGGAAGACGUCAAGGCUAUUGUGAGGCAUGCAAAAAUGGAUGAACGCCAGCUCACACAACUAACGCAGGCUUUGUACUAUCCAAGCGCUAAUGUUGUCAGUGAUAAUUUGCGGCUGCUGGAGUUGGAUGAGCACAUGUUGCAACAGAUUCGUACCGGCCAAACGUUGCAUUUUAAAGGCGGUUUGCAUGAGAAGGUUGUGCUCUGCACAGAUGAACGCACCUACGACGUGAAGGGCGCUGAGAUCUCAAAUAGUUUAUUAUUGGUGCCCGAUUUAAAGUUUGCUGCUGCAACGAGUACUUCCCCAUUGAAGAGUCCACGUACAGGCAAUGCGAAUACCUCGCUUGAGCGUAGUCUCAACGACAGUGCCGAUGAUGAUUUGGAGGUGCCCCGCACCUUAGAACAGAGGCAGGUGCUCACUAUAUUUCAUGAAUACUUUGAAUGUCGUGAGAUAAGACCACGAUAUCGUAAGCUCGGUGAAUUGCUACAGCUGACUCGCUACUCCGGUCCAGAGAACGAAUAUUGUAUUGAGCGCAAGCUAUUGUUCAGUUUCCAACAACUUUUGAAUACAGUGCAGUGCAGUCGGGCACAGUUUGUUGAGGGACUCCACCAGUACAGGGCGCUCGAGUUCGAUGGUCAUAUACGCAUCCUCGACUACGAGUACGAAUAUCGUAUAAUUACCUUAAUGCUUGGACUGAUUAGUGAAAACUCUUGGGCACUGGAUGAGGUGGAACGCGAAGAGACAAUUUAUGCUCUGCAAGGCAUUGCUCCCGAACCAAUUGUAGCUGGACUGUUUGAUAUCUAUACAAAGCCCAGUGAUCGUUGCCCCAACAAGUUCAAAUAUCAAGAGUCACUUGUGGCACGGAUUGUUGCACAGAAUAUUUUGCAACCAGGUCUGCGUUUUCGCAACGAUGAGUUUAUGGCCACCUGGCAGGAGGCACUGCCGGAAGGUAUGAGCUGUAAGAUCGAGUAUUUGCGGGGAUUGGGCAUCUUGGAUAAGGAGGGUGCCCAGCCCUGUGUGCGUUCCCUGGCUGAGGAGCAGCUGCCAUCCAAUAUUAAUGAUCGCAUGCGCGCCUUAUUCAAAACGAAACGCAAAUGGACACUGGAGGAGAUGGAGCCAUACAUUGACUGCUUUACGACGCCUGCGCUUUCUGUGUCCACAUUACUAGCCAAGCACGCACGUUCCCUCACCGAGGCUGGCACACGCUACUUUGUUUCCAAGCACUGAAUGCAUCCUUGUUAAUAUUUAUAUAUUUGUACAGUAAACUAGCAUAUAUUUAUUUACAC